AAAGCUAACGGCUAUCUCGCGAACCGCACCUCCAAAACCAUGGAAUAGUACAGCCAUGUCCAAAUUUCAUGAGAUUCCACCCAACCCCUACCUCUCCUUCUUCCUAUUAGAGAUGGCAAACUGCAGCUUCUCCAUAACUUGCGACUUCCAAUGCCUCGCCGACCGAGAGAAAUCUCCGUCGAGACCGAUACUAUAGACUUCAUCGACUCCUUCUUUGAAGGCGUCGGUGACUUGAACGAAUUCACGGAUCCUGCCACUGAGCCCAGGUUCAAAUCAAAGAACCUCGAUGCCGAAAGGAGGAGGAGGACUAAGCUGAACCAGCAGCUCUUCUCUCUCCGUGCUAUGGUCCCCAAGAUCACAAAGAUGAGCAAGGAGUCCACGCUCACUGAUGCCAUCGACUACAUCAAACAGCUUCAGAAGCAGGUAGUUGAUUUGCAGAUUGAGCUCUCCAGUGUUCAGACAGAGGAAGGGGAGAAACAGGGAAGCUCUUCAAGCACGGAGACGAAGGCUCUCCAAGAUACAGUGAGGUUCCAGGGAAUGUUGGAAUUGAGUCCUAUGGGGCAGAACAAAUUCCAUUUGAAGGUUACUUCGGAGAAGAGGAUCAAUGGAUUUACAAAGCUCCUGGAAGCCAUUAGCCAGCUUGGACUUGAGGUCAGUGAUGUGAGCUCUGUAGCUUUUUCUGGGAUUUCGCAUGGAGUUCUAUUGCUUGAGAGCAAGGAUGAAAAUGAGAUUCAAAUUGGCGAUGUCAAGAGGAUUUUGUCUUCCGCCAUCGAUGCGCCUUAGUACAGCUUUGAACUCUCCCACUGUGGUUACUGAGCAACGAACAAAAAGAAAAAUCAAAUUGUUUGAUUCAAAGAGGAUUUUAUCUAGUUGUUUGGCGCUUUCUCAGGAACGAUUUGAUUUCAUUUAUGAUGAAUCGUUUUUCCCUUCCAUGUGAAAACACGAAAUUGAGUUUCAUAUUUUAAAUAAAGUAUGCAUUCGAGAUGCUAUUGAUGUAUGUGGAUAUUUCGAAGUUAGAGAUGGUGUUCUUCUAAUGUAUUUAAGGCAUUUGUAAUCUAACAUAUAAGGUAUUGAAUCCAUAUUUUUCUGUGAGUCACACCUAAGGAAUAGA